AUGGACUUUCAACGAUCAACAACCAUCACGAGUACGAUCACUCGCAUACCGGAAGAUGAGUACGUGAACCCGUUCGUGCUCAAGCUAAAUCUUGACGACCCAUGGGAAAAGCGCAAGACUUAUCUUAUGACGCUGCUGGUGCUCCCGAUUCGUGCCGUACUGAUGGGUCUUUGUUUGGUGGUGGCGUGGGCGUUUGCCUCCAUCGGUUUGUACGGGCUGACCGAGAAGGAGCGUCGCUCGAUACCUAUUUCCGGCUGGCGACGGGAAAUGCGCGAAAUGACAGCACUGGCGAUGCGACUGCUCUACUUUUUCGGUUCAUUUCACCGCAUCAAAGUGAACGGUGUCUGUGCUUCACCGCGCGAGGCACCAAUCGUUGUCGUUGGUCCACACUACAGUCUGUUCGACUCGAUCGUGGUAGCGUUCUGUGGUCCAUCAACCGUGGUAGCGAAAAGUAAAGCUGCCGAUCUUCCUCUCAUUGGCAAAAUCAUUGACAUCACGCAACCGAUCUACGUUUGCCGAGAGGAUCCCAAUUCGCGCCACAUCACACGCCAUCUCAUCAUCGAGCGCGUCAUCUCGAAGGAGGACUGGCCGCAGAUCUUGAUCUUCCCCGAAGGUACCUGCAGCAAUGGGAAGGCGGUGGUACAGUUUAAGCCCGGUGCAUUUGGACCGGGACUGCCAGUACAACCGGUGGCGAUACGAUACCCUAACCCAACCAACACAGUAUCCUGGACGUGGGAAGGCCCUGGAGUGCCAGUACUGUUGUGGCGUACACUAACCGCCUUUCACACUGGGUUCGAGAUCAACUUUUUGCCAGUAUACUACCCGAACGAGCAGGAGCGUAACGAUGCGAAGCUGUACGCGCUCAACGUUCGGAAUUAUAUUGCCCAGUCGCUAGGAAUUCCUGGCACCGAGCAUGGAUACAAUGACUGCAAGCUGAUGAACUACAUGAUCGCGAUCGGUAUGCCGUACUUUGCCUGGAGUCACGACAUUGCCAAGAUGCGUAAAUGGCUCGGACUUGCUGAUGGAAAUGUGGAGCAGAAUCUGGUGGAACAGGGUGUACCGUUUACGGAGAAAAAUUCACACAUCGCGCUGGAUGAGUUUGCUCGCCGAUUAAACAUUUCCGUAGAAAAUGAUUCGACGAGAAUUUUGUUCAAAAUUUUCAACAAGGACAAUGAUAGUGCAGGUUUGAUAGACUUCAGAGAAUAUCUACUGCUUGCCCUAUUUCUGUCUGGAUUGGGCAAACCAAAGCUCGACCUAUUGAAGCUUCUGUUUAAGCUAUACGGUGUGGAGCGUGAUCUGAUAACAAGAGAGGGCCUGUACUUCGCGGUAAAGCACCUAUCUUCUAUUACACCGGAACAGUGCGAUAAGCUGUUCGUCAAGGCAGACACCACCAAUCGGGGUCUCAUUUCCUUCGAGGAAUUUGAACGGAGCAUCAACUGUCACCCGAUUCUGCUCGAUCUGCAAGAAUUGAACGAACCAAAGCCGUAUGCAGCGCCGCAGCAAACGAACACCAGCUAGACGAGCUGCAUAGUCGAGGACGAGCAGCAAGGCAGGGUGUG